AUGUCGCUGCUGGGCGCCGAGCUGCCCUCGCCGCCGACCGACGGCGUGACGGCCCUGCGCUUCUUUGCAGACACUCCGCUGCUGCUGGCCUCCAGCUGGGACGGGACUGCACGGGUGUACGACACAGCUGCCAAUGUGCUGCAAGGAACCUUUGCGGCGGGCGCCCCGGUGCUGGAUGCUGUGUUUGAGAGCGAUGGCGUGGUGUACACCGCCGGCCUGGACGGCGCUGUGAAGCGGUAUGAUUUCUUCCGAGGCGCCGAGGCGGUGCUGGGCUCUCACGAAGGCGCGGUCAAGUGCGUGGAGUGGCUGCCCGCCCAAGGCCUGCUGGUCAGCGGCAGCUGGGACAGCUCGCUGCGUUUGUGGGACUCACGGCAGGCGCCGGGCGCGGCACCCGUGGCGCGGGUGGCGCUGCCGGGCAAGGUCUACUCCAUGAGUGCCUCCGAGGCCCGCCUGGUGGUGGCCAUGUCGGGCCGGCAUGUGGACAUCUUCGACCUCCGCGCGCUGCAGAGCGGGCAGCCCGAGCAGCGGCGGGAGUCGAGCCUGAAGUUCCAGACGCGCUGUGUGCGCUGCCAGGCCGACGGGCGCGGCUACGCGCUGUCGUCUGUGGAGGGGCGGGUGGCCUGGGAGUUUUUCGACCUGGAUGAGGCCACGCAGGCGCGCAAGUAUGCGUUCAAGUGCCACCGCAAGAACGAGGGCGGCAAGGACCUGGUGUUCCCGGUCAACGCCAUCGCCUUCAACCGCCCCCACGGCACCUUUGCCACUGGAGGCAAGCCGCAGCAGCAGGCGCCCAUCCCAGCAUGCCGCGGCAGCGCGCAGCAAUGCGGCGACGGGGUGAUCAACUUCUGGGAUGGCGAGCACAAGAAGCGGCUGCACCAGGUGGCGGGCUACCCCACCUCUGUCGCCGCCCUGGCCUUCAACGGCGCCGCCACCAAGCUGGCUGUGGCAAGCAGCUACACCUUUGAGCAGGGGGAGCGGGAGCACCCGGCAGAUGCCAUCUUUGUGCGAGACGUGCUGGAAGCGGAAGUGCGGCCCAAGGCGCGGCAACCAGCGCCAGCCUGAAUCGACGGUCCCGGC